UUUUAGGAUUUCUAAAAAGAAAUGUCAACAAUACCAUCUUCUGCAACUGCAACAACUACUGACUUAUCAACACCGAAUGCAGCAUCAUUGAAGCAGCUAAAAAGCAGUACAACCACGCCGACGCCAACGAAAUUAUUAUGUCCUUCUGAAGUUACAUUGGCACAGCGACAAUAUGCUCAAGGUUUUAUUGAUGCACUGACGCAGGUGCAGCAGUUGAAUGGAUUUGUCCCAUCGCCAGCACUUCUCAAUUCCCCGAGUUUUUUGGCUCCUUUGUUUCAGUCAGUUACCACAUCAGCUAGUAAUAACGACCAAACAAAAACGGUGACAAGCCCUGUGCUUACUAGUCCAAACAGAGAAUCACUGUCCGUAAUAAUGCAGGCAGCUAUGAGUGGUAUGGGUUCGCUUGCUGGUUACAGUUUCACCCAAUUGACUCCAACCCAACUUAAUCCUUAUGCUGUGGCAACGUCGUCCACGGCAACAACAAUAACAACAACAGCCUCUGUGCUUCAACAACCGGUCGGUUCAUCAUCAACCACUACAGCUGCUCUGUAUCACGAUGAUAUAACCAUGAAAAAUGAAUUGCCAGGUUGCAGUUCGGUGACUUCUCUGCAGUCGGAGAGUAUCAACGAUGCAUCGACUUAUGAUACUUAUGCAACCAGUGAAAGUAACCAUGAAAUGGAAGCAUGCACAUCAUCCAUACGUUCAAGUACUAGUCCUAGAAGUCAAGAGGAGCAUGUCUUUAUGGGUUCAUUUUCCGGUGAUAGUUACGAUGCACUGGAACAGGAGAAAAAAAGCUGGAAAGGAAGAGAGCACGUAACCGUCUGGCGGCAUCAAAAUGUAGGCAGAAGAAAUUGCAAAAAAUAA